AUGGAUAUAUUAGCUAUUCAGAAGCGUAUAGCCGAAAGAAAACGUGGUUUGAGGUCUCACGUAGACUCAUCUAUUAAUGAAAAUGCAAACCAAACAAGAUUGAAUCAAAACAAGAAAGUAGUAGCAUAUGCUUACUUUGAUAAUACAAGUAAUCUAUUGUUAGAUUUGGUGGAGAAAAUUAUAUCAAUAGAGGAGGAACUUGAGACUGGUGGCAACCCAAUCCUUAAUAUAUUACAUCAAAAUAGAGAAGAUCUUAUCGAAAGAUCAACAGGAGAAUUUACACUUAGAAAAAAAUACCAUUUGCUUUUAUAUCUGGAAGCGGAUAUAAGCAUGAUUCAAGCUUAUCUUGAUAUUGUCAGUUAUACUAAUGAAGAAAUGAUAAAAGAAGAUGCUGAGAAAGAUAUGAGAGCAUAUAUUUAA